GUGUGAGAGACAGAGAUGCGUAUUGAGCGUACUGGCCCUUUAAUUGUUGAACAACAGGUCAGGACAUGCGCGCUCCGUCCUGUCCAAAAGUAAAUGCGUCAAGUCCGCUUUUCUGGACUUUGUUAAUUUGUGUGUUUGCAGGACAUGUGAAAGUUCAGCAGCCUGCAGGAUCCGGCACUGCUCAGACCCUCUACUUCACUUCGUACUGACACAACGCUGUGAGCUGCAGUGUGAACGGUAAUAAACCUGAUCCGCAGUGAACGCGUCUCAGAGUGAGGAUGAAUGAGGAUGCGUUCGAGGUCCCGGAGAGGACCGAGUACCGCUACCUGGUGCAGGAGGAGGAGGAGGAGGUGCAGUACGUGCGUCACAGACACUACAUCAACCCCCUCCUGGUGCUGUCCAGGCGCUGCAUCGUCCUCAUCUGCGUCGGCGUGCUCGCGCUGCUCUCGCUCGCCACCUACCUGGGCUACAUGGCCCAGACGCUGCCGCCGGGCGUGGCCCAGGUGUCCACGCACUGCGGGGAGUUCAGAGGAAGACACAAGAACGGAGCCUACUCCUUUAAGGGCAUGCCCUACGCCGCUCCGCCCGUUGGGAACCUGCGCUGGGCCCCUCCGACCGAACCGCCGUGCAGGACGGGGGUGACUGACGCGGGCCGCUUCCGCAGCAUGUGCCCUCAGGUGCGGCCGCUGUCCAGCUCGGGGACAGUGAUGGGCCAGGAGGACUGCCUCUUCAUCAACGUGUGGACGCCCGCGCUGCAGCCUGACGCCAAGCUGCCCGUCAUGGUCUGGAUCCACGGAGGAUACCUGCACAUGCUCAGUGGAGGAGAGCAGAACUACUCGCCCACAGAGAAGCUGGCCGCCGACACGGGAGUGGUUUACGUCAGCUUCAACUACAGGCUCAACGCCUUCGGCUUCAUGGCUCUGGAGAUACUGCGAGAAGGUUCUCCGAAGAACACCUCGGGGAACUACGGCUUCAUGGACCAGAUCGCAGCGCUGAAGUGGGUCCAGAGGAACAUCCACGUGUUUGGAGGAGAUCCUGGGAAAGUCACCAUAUUUGGACAGAGUUCAGGUGGGACGUCCGUGUGGACCCUGAUGACGUCUCCGCUGGCGAAGGGUCUGUUCCACGCGGCGGUGGACAUGAGCGGCUCGUACAUCUACAACGCGACGCUGGAACAGGCCGAGUCCGCCAACCUGGUGUUCCUGAAGAAGACGGGCUGCAGAGACGCGACUUGUCUCAGGCGUCUUUCCAUCAGACAGGUCCUGCAGGCCAUCCCGUGGCACGAUUCCCCCUCCUGGGGAGCAGAUGACUUCUCAGACCUCCCCUUCAAUGGGCGCUUCAUCAGCCCCGUUGCAGUGGUGGAUGGAUACGUCCUCGAAGCUCCACCUUUUGAGGUGUGGGAGAAGAAGGGUGACCACAGCGACGUUCCGUUUGUCAUCGGGACGACAGAGCAGGAGGUUGACUUCAGCCCUCCAGCUCAGAACAUCUCAGUGUGGACCUGGAUGGACUACGAGUGGUUUGUAACAGAUAAACUGCAGUCCUUCAGCGAGGAGCUGCCCAGAGAGGCCCUGAGGCUGUACCCCAACUCCGCCCCCUGUCCCACCACAGGCCGCUGUCCAGAGAGGGCCUACACCACCAUGGUGUCCGACAUCAGGGUCACCUGUCCCAACAACGACCUGGCCUGGCGGGCUGCAGCGGCGCUCAACAGUCCCGUGUACCGAUUCGUGGUGACACACACGCCGUCAGGACCGGUCAACAGGACCAGCGACCUGCUGCCGUUCCACAGCCGCUUCUCCUUCCACUGUCUGGACGUGGUGUCUUUCUUCGGAGGGCUGGAGUCCGUCCUGGGAAAACCUCUAUCUGACGGAGACAAGAACUUCCAGGAUCUCAUCACACGCCACCUCGUCGGCUUCGCCAAAGCAGGUAAGAUGGGGGGCGACUGGCCAGAAUACCCAGCAGCCACUGCUCUCCUGUCCAGCAACCUGUCGGUGGUCCAGGACUACGCGGCCGAUCGCUGUGAGCUGUGGAAGAAGAACGGCCUGUACGCCUACGCCUGGAUGAACUGACCGCAGAUCAGUUACUCGUCACAACGCUUUGCUGAAGUCACAGCGUCGUGUAGCUCACGUUCUGCAGCAGCCGUUUGAAACGCUGUGAGUGUCGGCUUUCGCUUUACUGAAUUUUGUUGUUAUGUCAUGUUCAUGCUUAAAGGGUCAGUUCAACCAAAAGAACAGAGAAAAGACCUUUUCGCUUCUGCAGUGGUUCUGUCUGGUAAUUUUGUUGUUGUUCGUCCAGGCUUGCAGAAAGCCGCCUUCUCCCGCAUUCAGCUAAAGUCAAAUUCACUGAAACGGUCCUGGAUAAUCCACAGACUGUGACUGAUUUCUGUCUGAACUGACCUGAACGAUCGCUCAGCCACUGAAGUAAGAGAGAAUAUCUUUUAGUUGUUUUGUAAUUUGGGUGAACUGACCCUUUAACCAGCUGGAGGUGUGGCCGACAUGGAGCUGAAGUGACUGUACGUCAGCACGUGAACCAUGUGAACCGGACACGUCUGUGAUUUGACUGUCAGUAGCUGGUCUGUGCUCGGCUCCACCUGAACCCUCAGCUGAUGAAGCACCAAACUGACUGUCUUUGUCCAACUUGUUCGAGUUGUGAACGGGGGCUCACGGGCCUCCGCUUCGGGGACUUCCAGACUUUUUAAAUCUGUGAAAAUCAAUUCCAGCUGUUGACUUGAACAGCCCCGUGACUGUGGACAGGUCCACCUGUGAGGGGGGUCGGGGUGGACCUGACGGGCUGUGGGCCCCGUUUGGCUCCACUUAACGCUGAUGACUGUGGCUGCGUCUCAUUUGUCUCGAAUGUCCACCGGAGGCUUUCGAGUGUCUUCCUUUGUUUAAUUGUUUUCCCGAGAUUUGAUCCUGAAGGAUCGUUCUUGCUGUUUGAAAGAGAAUUUUUAAAUAAAGUGAAAGCGUGUGAUUGUGGAGGCAGAUGUUUGAUGUCUAAA